UUUCUCAUGGCAGAACGACGAUUGAAGUACCUGGAACGUCGGUUAGGUGCUGAUGUAGAACUUCAAAAGAAUGUCCACGAGCAAAUUAUCGAAUAUGAAAGGCGAGGAUAUGCCCGUAAGAUAUCAGAAGAUGAGUUACGAAAUUCAGAUCCCUCUCGAGUGUGGUACCUACCACUAGGAGUCGUACGGAAUCCACGCAAGCCGCAUAAAAUUCGUGUUGUUUGGGAUGCUGCUGCCGUUGUACAUGGAAUUUCGCUCAAUUCCAUGCUGUUGAAGGGACCGGAUCACUUGACUCCUCUUUUGACAGUUUUGUGUCGUUUUCGCCAACGGCAGUUUGCGAUAGCCGGCGAUAUCCGCCAGAUGUUUCACCAAUUGCUGAUACGAGAGGAAGAUCGCCAAUCGCAGAGAUUCUUAUGGCGUUUUGACCCAGCAGCUACUCCAGAUAUUUACGUAAUGGAUGUGGCCACAUUCGGGGCUACAUGUUCCCCUUGCUCGGCGCAGUAUGUUAAAAAUUUAAACGCAGAGGAGUUUUCUAGUACAUACCCUGUAGCAUCAAAAGCAAUAAUUCACAAUACAUAUGUGGAUGAUUUUCUAGCCAGCACAGACACUAUCCAUGAAACGGUCAAACUGGCCGAAGACGUUCGUACGGUACACAGUAUGGCAGGAUUCGAAAUUCGGAAUUGGCAAUCCAACGAUCAACAGAUUCUGCGACGGGUCGGGGGAGAGAGCCUCGAAACAUUUAAAAGUUUCUCUAUAGAAAAGCAAACAACAACGGAACGUAUUCUGGGAAUGAUGUGGGUACCCGCCGAGGAUGUAUUUGUAUUCAUUGUCCAAUUCCGAGAUGACCUCCAAACACUGCUGACUGGUGAAGUCGUCCCAACUAAAAGACAAGUUCUUCGUGUGGUUAUGAGCCUUUUCGAUCCGCUGGGAAUCAUUUCUACCUACACCAUCCAUGGCAAGAUCCUGAUACAGGAUGUGUGGCGCUCAGCAAUUGACUGGGAUGAUCCGCUUUGUGAACAAGAAUUCAUAGGAUGGCAACGAUGGGUAAGAUUGGCUCCAGAUCUGGUUAACGUAAAGGUUCCAAGAUGUUACUUCCCGAACUACGAUCCGAGUAGCUACGGAACUACGCAGCUGCAUAUAUUUAGCGACGCAAGCGAGCUAGCGUGUUGUGCCGUUGCAUAUUUCCGCAUCGUUGAUCGCGGUUCACCAAGGUGCACUUUGAUAAGUGCAAAGGCAAAGGUCACACCUCUGCGUCCACAAUCUAUCCCACGUAAUGAGCUUAAUGCAGGAGUAAUUGCUGUUCGACUGUUGAAAACCAUUCUGGAAAAUCAUGAUUUGCCGAUAUCAAAAAGAUUUAUUUGGACCGACUCCACAACCGUUCUAUCUUGGCUCAAAGCCGAUCCUCGAAAGUAUAGACAGUACGUAGGAUUUAGAGUAGCCGAAAUCCUUGCUGAAACCGAGCCUGAAGAGUGGCGUUGGGUGCCAACACGCUUAAAUCCGGCCGACAAAGCUACCAAGUGGGGUUCCGGACCAUGUUUUGACCCGAAUGACGACUGGUAUCGUGGUCCUGAUUUCUUGCGUCUAGCCGAGGAGAAGUGGCCUACCAGAUUGCCAGAUCCGGGCGAACCCGUGGAGGAAUUGCGAGCAGUUCAUGUACAUCGCGAGGAGAAAAUUGAUGAAACUCUAUUCAAUGUCAAUGAUUUUUCUCGUUUGGAUGAUUUAAUUAAGUUCCUCUCUUACCUGUACCAUUUUGUACAUCUUUGUCGCUUGAGUACUCGUACACCAUCAGAAUCGCGAGUAGCUCUCGUCCAACAGGAUUAUACUGCAGCAGAGAAAUGUAUGUGGAAAAUUGUGCAAAAAGAAACAUUCCGUGACGAAAUAGCUUUACUUCAAAAGAAUGCAAAUCUGCCAUUGAACAAACAAAAAUAUCUGAUGAAGUCUAGUCCGCUGAUAAAGGUUUCUCCAUUCCUGGACGAUGAUGGUGUUCUCCGUGCUACAUCCAGGAUUGACCCCAAAGCUGAAGUUUAUGAUUUCAACUUUCGCAAUCCAAUAAUUCUCCCGAGGCAAAGCCACGUUGGAAAUCUUCUGAUACAAAAAUACCAUGAACGGUAUGGGCAUGCGAAUGUUGAGACUGUCGUGAAUGAGCUGAGACAGAGAUACUAUGUUCCAAAGUUAUGUUCUGUGGUAAAAAAGGUCGUCGGCAGAUGUAUGUGGUGUCGAGUUUAUCGAGCCAAACCUGAAGAGCCUCCAAUGGCUCCGCUGCCCCAAGCGAGGGUAAAUCCGUACGUUCGCCCAUUUACCUUCACAGGGUUAGACUAUUUUGGACCAUUGGUGGUGAAAAGAGGAAGAAGCAACGUUAAACGGUGGGUGGCACUAUUCACGUGUCUCACCAUACGUGCUGUACACAUGGAAGUGGCACAUACGUUGUCCACGGCAUCUUGUAAGAUGGCCAUCCGUCGCUUCGUAACUAGGAGAGGAGCGCCACAGCAGAUGUUCAGUGACAAUGGCACCAAUUUUCGAGGGGCCGCUCGAGAACUGAAGGAAGAAAUUCGAGCCAUCAAUCGGAGAAUCGCUGGGACAUUCACAAAUGCCGAUACGGAAUGGCAUUUUAAUCCGCCCUCCGCGCCCCAUAUGGGGGGCGUGUUGGAACGCAAAGUACGGUCGGUGAAAGAGGCUUUGAAUACACUUGCCCGGCAAGAUAGCUUAGACGACGAAAGCCUGUUGACGUUCCUUGCAGAAGCUGAGAUGUUGGUGAACUCUCACCCUCUAACGUUCGUACCAUUGGAGUCACCAGACCAAGAAGUGGUCACACAACUUUCUCGUCAUGAGUUCGAGCGGAGCAAAUAGUCAAAUCAAAAUUCCCAUUAACGAUGAUGCGAACCUACGAACAAAUUGGAAACGAAUGCAGUUUUUGUUGGACCAGUUUUGGAGAUGCUGGAUCAAGUCCUAUCUUCCUACGAUUGCCAGAAGAACAAAGUGGCACAAAGAAGUACGACAGCUUAUGGAAGGCGACCUUGUGAUUAUCGUAGACGAGUCGGUUCGUAACGGAUGGUUACGUGGGCGCAUUACCAAAACUUAUCCUGGUGUAGACGGCCAAGUGAGCUAUUAAGGAGCUCUCUUGGACGUGCUGGAGAGUGGUAACGCCGACUAAGUGAGAGGCAUUACGGGUCGGGGUGUUGCUGCGCGUCAAGAUAGGCCCCUUGAAUCAUUUCUAGCAGGUAUAAUCGCCGCUGUAGUUCGCGUCGCUUUGCCGCACGGAACCGAGAUAAACGUGAAGAUGACAUCAUAACAUAAAAAUAUCGCACGAGACCGAAGUGAACCAAAUAAGCUAAUUUCUUGAAUUUCUAUAUUGUUUGAUAUAAGCACAGUGAAAAACUAAUUUUCGAGUCGCUGUAGAACGGACUUCGAAAAGUUUUCCAAUUAUUUAAUAACCGUUCAUGGUAAAAUCGAUUCCUCUAGGUGCACUUAUAGAGAAACUGUCAGCAUUUAAAAUCAAAGCUGAAUUCAAAUUGUGCAAAAUCGGCAUCAAGGUAGUGGUCAAAACAAGAGAGCCUUACAAUCAAACGCUGGCGUAUCUGAAGAAAAUUAAAGCUGAAUUUUACUCUCAUGAUAUUUCCGGGGAAAACCUUUCAAAGCUGUUUUAAGAGGACUGCCAGAAAUUGACACCGAUGACCUGAUGAAAUUCUCCGUGAACAGUACAACACUCAAAAGUUUCGGCCACAACACUCAAAAUUGCAACAUGGCCCCCGUUGCAACAGCUGCGCUUAAAACCACUUCUCAGUUGACUGUCCAAUUGAAGAAGUUGUAGCCAUAAAAUGUUCCAACUGUGGUGGUGCUCACCGGGGAUCGGAUAAAAUGUGCCCUGAACGCGAACACUUCAGGUUCAUUCGUAAGCAGGCAUCUUCAAAUAAUACAUCCAAAUGAGAAAAAAACAGUUGAUCCUGUCUUCAACUCGAAUGACUUUCCGGCACUGAAUGGGCGUUUCAUCCCGUCCUAAAACGGCCGGCAUUCCCGUUAGAAAUCAGUGGAGCUCUCCUCCUCCUGGCUUGAGACAACAAACAACACCUACGUUUAUUCCUCCAAACAACAACAGUGCAGGUAAGUUGAUAGAAAUCUUUGUGGAUAUGGCUGGUGCCCUUCGUCAGUGUCGCAGCAUAUCUGAGCAAGUGCAAGUACUCGGAACCUUCAUUAUCCAGUAUGGCGUCUAACAACCUCAAAAUCCUUCUUUGAAAUGCUCGCCCAGUAAGAGUGAAAAAGAUUGAAUUUGCUGACUUCCUUCGGUCACACAGCAUCGACAUAGGCAUCAUCACAGAAACGCGCCUAUCUGCAAAUACAAAUCAUUGUCGAUCGGUGACUACAUCACAAUCCGUUUGGAUUGAUCCCACUCCAUUGGAGAAGGAGUGGCUCUGAUUGUGGAGAAGGGAUUGAAAUUAAACUCACUUCAACAUCAAAACACCAAGAUUAUCGAAGCACGAUCGAUUGAGCUACAUCUAUCCAGUGGAACUAUCAAAAUUGUAGCCGUUGUAUGUAACUCAUCAGUGUACAUACAUCAGUGGAGAUUCCAGAGUAUUCAAAAACGACUCACCAGAGGUCAUGGAAAAUUCAUCAUUGGAAGGGACCUAAAUGCUCGGCACGAAACGUGGGGGAACGCACGCAGAAAUAAAAAUGGUGACCUUCUGGCGGGUGAUGCAAUGCUGGGAUACUACACGGUUAACUGUUCAGAUGAACCCACUUACCCAUCAACUAGAGGAACUAAUCCACACUAGACAUUUUCCUGGCGAACGUUGUUCUCUCCAAACCGGUGGUAUUCAAUGGCCUUAGCUCGGAUCACUAUCCUGUCGUCUGCGAUGUGGUUGGAAAUCUCGUUGCAGCCUCGAAGGAAACAUGAAAAGAUUAUCAUCACGUGGAUUGGAAUCGCUUCCGAAUAUUGGUGAAUGCUGCCAUCGAAGAAAAUCCAGUAUUAUACUGAGGAUAUCGAGCGGGCUUUGACCCACCUUCAAUCUGCAAUCAUGGCAGCAGCUGUAACGUGUGUCAGGAGAAUGCUAAUGAAGGGUAAGCACAUUGCUAUUGAUUCCCGAACUAGAUAUUUAAUACGUUUGAAAAACUUAACCAGACGCCAGUUUCUAAGGUCUGGAGAGUUAGAGAAAAAACAGCAAGUAAAAAUGUUAUCCAGGGAAAUCGCCAAACGAAUCCAAAUUUCGCCAAAAUCGCCAAAAUCCAAUUUUUUCCAAAACUGUGAAAAUUCUUGGAAAACAUUCUAAACAUUUUUGGAAAAUGGCAAAAGUCUUGAAGUCAAAACCGAAGCAAAUUGUUUAUUACACCUUUCGAAAAAUCAAACUCCAUCGGUGACCAAUUUCUUUGCUCGCAUUAUUUGGGAAACGUUAUUCAGAGUACAAUGACACCAAUGGAUGUGUGCUCAAUCUCGAGGGCAAAUUUUUCACAGUACCUCCAGAUCAGAAAAUAACUUCAGAAAAAAUAAGCUCAGCUAUAAGAUUGACUAGAAACAUGAAGGUCCCCGGGUUUGAUGAUAUUUUUAAUAUUGUGUUGAAACAAAUGACUGACAAAGUAUAUUCGUUCCUGUCGGACAUAUUCAAUCGUUAGUUUGAACGAUUUGGAAAACAGCUAAGA